ACAAUUUGAAUCUCUUAUUGAUUAGAGGCUACUGAAUCCAGUUCUGAGGAUGAGGAGGAUGAUCUUGAGGAUGAGAGGAUGAGGCAGGAGGCUGUAGCUGAGAAGGAAAGAGGGAACUCCUUCUUUAAACUUGGAAACUACGAUAUGGCAAUAGAGAAAUACACAAGAGGAAUGCAGCUAAAUCCUUAUUGUCCUCUACUACCAGCCAAUCGAGCCAUGGCACUCCUUAAGAAGCAGCAGUAUGGAGCAGCGGAACAAGACUGCUCUCUGUCCCUCUCUCUAGAUCCAACAUAUAUUAAAGCUCUACAGAGAAGAGCAUCUGCUAGACUAGGGUUGGGUAGGAUAGAGGGUGCUGUACACGACUAUGAGAAGAUAUUAGAGCUAGAACCUAAUAAUAAACCUGCUAAACUAGAACUGGAGAAAAUAUUGAACAAACUUGAACAGAAAGAUGACUUUAAGGAAGAAAAGGAGAAGGAGGAGAAGGCUCAAGUUGAGAAACUAAAUCUGAAAAAUAACAUGAAAGGUAUGUUUGCAAGCAUCAAGGCAACAGAGAGACUAGAACCGGAAAAUGAAUUUAAUCCGUCCUUACUCCUGGGUUCCGGAGACGGAGAGAGGAUAAAACCAGUCGGAGAAGUGAAACCCGUCCCGGCGCCCUGGAAGGAACCAGACCCUGAUAUACUCGUCCAAAGUAUCCAAAAACCACCCCAUCUCAGGUCUAAGAAGCCCCUGAAAAGAAUCGAGAUUAAAGAAUUUUCUGCUGACAAUGAGAAUAAGAAAACCAGUGAACCAACAAAACCAGUCCAAUUAUCGAAAAGAAUUGAGAUUGUCGAGGUGGAAGGAGAAACGGAAUCCUUCAAAAUUUCAGAAAUCGACGAAAAAUCUGCAAGCGCUGAAAUUUUUGAAAAAUCCACGAUUAGUUGUCAGGAGGGAAGCUCCUCCGAGGUGUUCAGAAGUAAGUCCACAGGGCUCUGUCGGAGGGUGGAAAAGGAACUGAAUGAGUCGAUCCCUGGAACAGAUGACGAAGGAACAGUGCCUCCAGUUCCUAAAGCAUCAGCUCAGUUUUAUAGAGAUUGGAGAUCAUUAAAAUCCAACCAACUUAGGCUGAAAUAUAUUCUCCAGUUUUUAACUUCAAGCUAUCCUGCCAUAUUUAAAAGUCAGAUGGAGUCCAUCACAUUCUCCGAGAUACUCUCAGUGCUAGUUCAAGGGGAUCUUACCUCAGCAGCUGCAGCAGUUCAAGUUCGUGGAUUUGUCCUCCUUCCGAGAAUAUCGACACUCGCCAUGUUUUUAGAUUCAACUGAAAAGGAGAAUGUUAGAAGUCUUAUUAAGCGGUGUGGAGACGAAUUGAGCCUUGAAGAACAAACUAAGAUGAAAACCCUAUUUUCUGUUUAAUACUGUACUGCAAUAUUGUUUGUUUUGUACAUAUGUGCAAAUGUACAUUGUACGAGUAUGCCCAUUAUUGCAUAUUUAUCAUUAAGAAUACAGAAUUGAAAAAU